AUGGCUAGAACUCGGCACAUCUGGAGGCACGCAUUGUGGACUUGCCUCUUCGCCCUCUUUACACCCUCGAAAUGCGGCCAAUAUGCGGCGUUCAUAACGGAUCUGGGCACUCAACUCAUCGUGCUCAAUUCAGAAGGAAACUUCACCUACAGCCCGUGUAACAGCGGCUCGACGCCCGCCUGGCCUACAAAAUCACCUUUAUUACUGCCGGUCUCGGUAGAGCCAAAGAGUGGCUCAAACAUCGCUGCAGUUGGGUUUAUUGAGGAUGACACUGUCUAUGCCGAUCUAUUCUAUCAAAACACUGGUUUGAAUAUAGAACACGAGCGUUUCAAAUGUAAUGCGGAUGAUGGGACUUAUACGCUCAUGGGUCGCGAUUCACCCGAUGGCGAGCUUGCAGAUGAUCCUGAGAUGCCGGAUAUCAGCCUGUUCACUGGGCUGGCGACUGUCCGCCUUGUGCUGCUAGCAGGGACACGGCUCUUCUUUCACGAUACAAAUGCCACUCUACAUCAGAUCGAGUACGGUCCGGACAAUACAUGGAGUUACAUCGGCAUGGUCAACCCUGAUGGACACCUUCAGGGCCCAGCUGUGGGGGCCGCCGUGAUCAACGCCGCAAGGAGCGACAAGAAUAUUGAAAUCGCCUCUACCUUCAGUGGAACUCCAUGGACAGUCGCCCAGGUAGUGUUUUCCCAACUCGAAGGUUGGCCAUCACAAGUUGCCAAUCUGGCUCUGGCUAUAGACCAAGAUGCCUCCAAGUUCAUAUACUACAUCGGCAGCGACAAGUAUCUGUACAACCUGUCGUCUGUGGCGGACACGAAUCUUGGCGCCUGGAGUAUUAACCCCAGCAUGGACACACAAUACUGGCCACUGGCCGAUGACGAGGCGGCUGACUUUGCGGUCGCAUCUAACCCUGCGAACUAUGACCUUCGUAUCUACUACAUGUCCGGCGGCUGCAUGAAGGAGGUGUCGCGUACUGGGAUGGACACCUGGGCGGAGGCUAAAGCACUGCCUACAACCAUCACGAAUACUCAGACACCUUCGGCGUCUGCAGCGGCUGCAUCAGCAACGACGGGGACAAACUCAAGCAAAGGAACAUCGGCAGCCAGUAGCAGCAGUAGCCCUGGAAAACUGUCCUCAGCCGCGCAGGUUGGAGUCGGGAUCGGAGCUGGCCUCGCUGGGCUCCUCAUCGCAGGCGGAGCCAUAGUCUUUUUGCUACGAAGAAGGGCGCAGAAGAACCAGCAAACCUCCCAGGAUGAGGCUACGCUCGCACCACAGCGAGACGGGAAGAUACAGAACUAUGGUACCUCUGCGGGAGCGAGUCGGAGCUCGAGCUCCUCUGCUUUCGACCAGUACGCUCAUGCUAAAGGAAGCAAGCAUGAUGCACCGCUACCGCCUCUUCCUGAUAAGAUGGAACAAGAUGAACCACGUGCCGUCACUUCAUCUGGUGGUGCCAGCGUGGUCUACGUUCCGGCCUAUGAGCUGCCCACAAGUCCAGGCGCCCCAAAGUACGAAAUGCCCGGGACGCCGACAGCCUCGGCUCGAAACGCAUCACGAGGCCAGCAAGCGCCUGAGAUGAUGCCAAAGAACCUGAGAAUAUCAAAGGCUGGCCAGGUCUCUGGUGCAGUGUCUCCUCCAGGGACGCUGUCGCCCACUAUGUCGGAGCUCGACGGUGGCACGAUGGCUUCUUUCAACAACAUCACAGUCUCAUCGCAGCCACACCCGAUGGUACGCCAGCCAAGUCAGGAUACUUGGGCCUCGCAAGAUCAGACGUCAGCGCCCUUGCAUUACGGUUCGGCCUCUUGA